AGGAGCCGGAAGUCCGGCGGGCCCCGGCGUCGAGAUGGAGGAGGGCGAGUACGAGUCGGUGCUCUGUGUCAAGCCGGAGGUCCAUGUCUACCGCAUCCCGCCGCGGGCCACCAACCGUGGCUACAGGGCUGCGGAGUGGCAGCUAGACCAGCCAUCAUGGAGUGGCCGGCUGCGGAUCACUGCAAAAGGGCAGGUGGCCUACAUCAAGCUGGAGGACAGGACCUCAGGGGAGCUCUUUGCUCAGGCCCCCGUGGAUCAGUUUCCUGGCACAGCCGUGGAAAGCGUGACGGAUUCCAGCAGGUACUUCGUGAUCCGCAUUGAAGAUGGAAACGGGCGACGGGCGUUCAUUGGAAUUGGCUUCGGGGACCGAGGUGAUGCCUUCGACUUCAAUGUCGCAUUGCAGGACCAUUUCAAGUGGGUGAAACAGCAAUGUGAAUUUGCAAAACAGGCCCAGAACCCAGACCAAGGCCCCAAAUUGGACCUAGGCUUCAAGGAGGGCCAGACCAUCAAGCUCAACAUUGCCAACAUGAAGAAGAAAGAAGGAGCAGCUGGGACGCCCCGAGCCCGGCCCGCCAGCACAGGAGGACUGAGCCUGCUUCCCCCUCCCCCAGGGGGCAAAACUUCCACCCUGAUCCCUCCUGGGGAGCAGUUCUCUGUGGGGGGGUCCCUUGUCCAGCCAGCAGUUGCUUCCAGCUCAGGAGGUGCCACCGUGUCCUGGCCGCAGCCUAAGCCUGCCACUCCUGCCACCGCCGACAUCUGGGGAGACUUCACCAAGUCCACAGGGUCGCCUUCCAGCCAGACUCAGCCAGGUGCAGGCUGGGUCCAGUUCUGACCUGAGCCCAGCUCUUCCCUCAUACAACUUCUGGAAAGGAGCCGCUGCCUCAUCUGGGCCAAACGAAGGAGGACACCGCACUCCCUGGCCAGCCUCUGUUUGGAGCAUGACUCUCCCCUCCCCGCCUUGCCUGAGUCUCCUGACAGACUGGACAUAUUAGGCAGUAAACUGGCACCGUGUCACACUGUUUCCUGGGAUUCAGGUGUGCAACCAAAACCCAGGAGAAGCAAAGCUCCAGGACCCCUGUCGCUGUCUGUGCUCCUGACGUGAGAGAGACUGAGACUGCUUCUUCCAUCACAGUGACCCGCAUUAAACACAAGCCCCCAAAGAAAAGAAGGGGUUGCGUUUGCUGCCUGGACUCAGAUCAGCCCUUCUCGGGGGUCACAGGUGUCACGUGAUCACUGUCCGAAAGCGGGGGCUUCGUGCUGUCCCAUGGGCUGCAGUCACUUCAGUCAGGGCACCUUCGGAGGAAGGAUUCUUUCCUGAUUUCGAGCAGGUUUAUAGGCUGCAGCUUGAGCAGACAAUCGGGAGGGAAAUUGGGAGUAUUAACCAGCUUUUAAAGAAUUUUUAAUAUUUGCUUUGCUAAUGUGCUGAUCUGCACUAACUUGUUGUCUUUGCAAAAGGGACUGCUCCUGCAGUAGGCCCCUGAGGGGGCCUCUGAAAGCCUUCCUCACUGGCGGCCGCAGGAGCUGCCAGAGCUGCAGGCAGCAGUGUUCAUCUCGGCCAGGAGGCCUGGUUUCUUCCCUCCAGGCCAGGCGGGCAGUGCAGGGCCGAGGCAGGCGCUGGAAGCCAGGUGGAACAGUGUUUGGGCAGGAGAGAGAGUGAAGCUGUGCUUAUGGAGGUUGGGGGUCCAGCCUUCUUGUCCGCUGGCAGCCCUCUGGGUUCCCAGGCUCACCAUGCAGUUCCUGGUGGACUUGGGUUUUCUCCCUGGUGGUUUCUGAAGUGCCUUGUCUGCAGACAACCUCUUACUUGCUUUUCUCCUUCAGGGACUGUACAUGACAGACAGAAGGAGCUCUGAGUGAACUGGAAGUCCAAGGUUGCCUGGAUUACUGGUUUAUGAGAAAUAAUUUUAUCUGAGCACACCUCUAAAAUUGCUUUUGUUGACAUCCUUUACCUCUUAAUUGAAAGAAUUUUUCUUGAAGGGUCAGGCUGAUGAACUGAAAAAGUGUUGGCCUUUUUGUGGGACCAUAUUUCUAAGAUUAAAAAAAUAAAUAUUUUUCCUUCUGUCAUUUUAUGUCAGAGAUGAACAUAUUUUUGGCAGCAUGGCUGCUACACCCUCCAAGAGGCCGCAGCUAGACUCGCAGCACCUCUCACCACUGAUCGUGUGUCUGGAUUUAAAGUCUGGGGCCAGGAUGUCAGAAUGGCCAAAAUAAGAGAAUGUGGCCCUGUUGCCCUAAGACGACCAGUAACUUCCUGCUGAUGCAUCCAGAAGAAUAGUCUUGUUGGCAUUCUGGGACAUUCUGGGCUCCUUGCCUUCUAAUGUGGGAGGGACCCAUGCCUCCUACCAAGACCUCCCAGAGGAAGCGUCUCUCUAAAUAGUAAGGGUGUACAGGCACACAGAGGCCAAAAAUAAAAUUAAAAAGGCCACGGGACUUCUCCUGCCUUAGGGUUCUGAAGAAAGAUGCAGUUUUUAUUGUCGUUUCUAGAAAUAGCUACUCUGGCUGAUAAACAGUGUGAGAGAGGAGAAAGAAGACUGAAGCAGAGGAUCCUCGUGCCUUUUGAAUAAGGAUGAGGAAAUGGCGUCAGAGGAGUCUCGGGAGAGGUGGACUUCCGUGUGUCUGUUGCCCAUUACCUCCCCCUCCUGUGUGAGUGCUCGGAGGCUGGACAUGAGGAGGCGCGGGUGGAGAGGAGCUCCUCAGAGCUGUGGUACACUGAAGGUGAGCACUUUGGUUCUGGAGGCAGACCUGGGCUUCGGAUCUAGGCUGUGUGCUGCUUAGGUGUGUGAACACAGGCUCCUUCCUUAAGCCGGGUGUCACUCAGAUGAGGCACUUAAAGUGCCAGCAAGUGCCCAUCCUAUAGUUUGAUCUUAAUCGCCUUUGUCUAGAAUCAGGUAAUAUCCCCAGAGCUGUUCCUCAUAAUGGUGAUGGAGAGGAAACGGCCGUCAAGGAUCUAACCUGAAAAGCAUCUUGAGGGGUCUGGGGGGCAAGGGACAGAUUGGUGCUCUCCGUCACCAUCCACCAUUCUGGGAUCCCAGCAGAAAAAAACCUGCUAUGGGACCAGGGUCCCCAGGAACACCCCUGAUACCAAAUCAGGCAUGUCUUCAAUUAUACCUCUGGACUGAAGCUUCCAAAUGGGUGGGGGUGGGGGAAAACGGAUGGUAGGAGCUCUGCACUGGGUUGGGGGCUGUGCGAGUUGAGCUGCUCUCUAUACAGCAGGAGGGUUUGGAUACACUGAGGUGUGGCACAGAUGCUAAGGUGCACCCCGCAAUCCCCAACUGGUGUUCACACCCUUGUGUGUAAUUCCCUCCUUUCAGCGUAGGCUCGACCUGUGACCUCUAACCAGCAGAAUAAAGCAAAGAUGACAAAA